UUUCUAAAAUUAAUUAUCCCAGGCGAUGAGAUGAGAAAGGAGCAAUCUGGACCUGGCGAUGGCGUUUCAUUUCGGAUCUUUCUAGGACUCCCUGGUAAUCUUACCCGAACCCGCUAAUCAUCAGCGUCUGCUUUUGGACCGGUUUUUCCUCUUCUACCCCUCGGGCUACGGUUUCUGCUAAGGUCAGCUCGAUGGUGACCAAUAAUUUUAUCACCAUGAACGGGAACGGGUUUAGUAAGAUGGAAGAAGAGUUCAUCAAGAGGCACCACAAAUUCGAGGUUAAAGAAAAUCAGUGCAGCUCUUCGCUCGUUAAGCACAUCAAAGCUCCUGUUCAUCUCGUCUGGUCCUUGGUAAGGAGGUUCGAUCAACCACAGAAGUACAAACCAUUUGUUAGUAGGUGUGUUGUGCAAGGGGACCUUCGAAUUGGAAGCGUUAGAGAAGUCAAUGUUAAGUCAGGUUUGCCGGCCACAACUAGCACUGAAAGGUUGGAGUAUCUGGACGACGAUGAGCAUAUUUUGAGUAUGACGAUCGUUGGAGGAGAUCACAGGUUGAAGAACUACUCAUCCAUUGUUACGGUCCAUCCUGAGAUCAUUGAUGGCAGACCAGGAACGUUGGUUAUUGAGUCUUUUGUGGUGGAUGUACCAGAUGGGAACACCAAGGAUGAAACAAGCUACUUUGUUGAAGCACUGAUCAAGUGCAACCUCAAGUCACUGGCUGAUGUUUCAGAGCGUUUGGCUGUUCAGGAUCACACUGAGCCGAUUGAAAGAAUGUGAAUAAUCGGGGUCCCUCUUAUCAGCAUUAA